CGGAGUAACCGGUCGUCGUGCAGUGUAGUGAAAUAAGCGCAGUUACCACCGUAAAGGUGAUACAUUUUUUUCUAGUUCUUGCUUGGUUGUCUAUCUGACUGUCGUUUGUGAGACGUGUACAUCCUUUGCAGAAUGCCUUUGUUUUCUGUUCCCUCACGCACUGCUUAUUUGAUACUGCAGUGAUACCCAUUCUGCUUGCCGAAAUCAAUUUCAGAAGAUGGGACGAAGAUGUGCUAGCUGCAUAGAUUGCUAACGAACGAUAACCUUCAAGCUGGCGUCAAUGACGGCUUAUAUUGUCAUACGUUAGCUAAUAUACAUUAUUCUAUUAUUUUGUAUUUCAUAACGCGAAAGGCAUUGCGGCCAGCCAUUCAAGUGGGACACUUUUAAGUCACCUGCAUUUGGAUAUGCGUCUACACAUUUGAAGAGGAAUGCAUGGACCUGAAGAAAUAAAGCACGGGGCGACAUAUCACGCAUUAUAUAGGACUCUUUAUUUGAUGUAUUGCAACCUGGAGUGUCACAGUUAGCCAACAUAGCUAACAUUAAUUCACAAGAUUCAUCAAAAUUCUGCAGUAAAUUCGUUCUUCAACAAUUCAACAGCUGAACCAAACAUGGCUUCUGCUGCCAGCAACCUCGCCGCUGCAAUUGCCAGUAAAACUAAGACGAAGAAGAAACAUUUCGUGGCUCAGAAAGUGAAAUUAUUUCGCGCCAGUGACCCACUCCUCAGCGUGCUAAUGUGGGGUGUCAACCAUUCGAUAAAUGAGCUCAGCCACAUCCAGAUCCCCGUCAUGCUGAUGCCUGAUGACUUCAAAGCCAACUCGAAGAUCAAGGUGGACAACCACCUCUUCAACAAGGAAAAUAUGCCAAGCCAUUUUAAAUUCAAGGAGUAUUGUCCCCUUGUUUUCCGCAAUCUCAGGGAGAGAUUCUCAAUCGACGACCAAGAGUAUCAGAACUCCAUAACUCGGAGUGCUCCCAUCCUCAGCGACGCUCAGGGCCGCAGCGGCGCUCGCUUCCACACGUCCUACGACAAGAGGUACGUCAUCAAGAUCAUCACCAGCGAAGACGUGGCAGAGAUGCACAACAUCCUCAAGAAGUACCACCAGUACAUUGUGGAGUGCCAUGGCAACACUCUGCUCCCGCAGUUCCUGGGCAUGUACCGCCUCACAGUGGACGGUGAUGAGACAUACAUGAUCGUGACCCGCAACGUCUUCAGCCACCGCCUAGCUGUGUACAAAAAAUAUGACCUUAAGGGUUCUACUGUGUCCAGAGAGGCUAGUGACAAGGAAAAGCAACCACGUCUAGCCGAGGAGGGCGCGCCCGCACCAACAAAGUCGCGCAUGAGCCAAAAGCUGCAAACCAUCCGGAUCGCCACGCGGUUUUACUGUGCCAUCAAACACACAAAAGAGCUCCCUACAUACAAAGACAAUGACUUCAUCAACGACGGGCAGAAGAUCCACAUUGGUGAGGAGAGCAAAAAGGUGUUCCUGGAGAAGUUGAAGAAUGAUGUUGAGUUCCUGUCGCAGCUCAAACUAAUGGACUACAGCCUAUUGGUGGGCAUCCAUGAUGUGGAGCGAGGGGAGCAGGAGCAGCCGGAAGAGGAGAGCGAGGACAACGACGCCGGGGAGGAGGAAGGGGCGGAGAGCGACGGGGGAGCCACGGGCACCCCUCCCGACAGCCCCAGCAACACCCUGGACAGCAACAAGCCCCUGGGGCCCGGCGAGUUCGACCCCACCAUAGACGUCUACGCCCUCCGCAGUCACUACACUGCUCCUAAGCGAGAGGUCUACUUUAUGGGGGUGAUUGAUAUCCUCACGCCGUACGACGCAAAGAAGAAAGCAGCUCAUGCGGCCAAAACAGUGAAGCAUGGAUCUGGUGCAGAAAUAUCCACAGUCAACCCUGAGCAAUAUUCCAAGAGGUUCUACGAUUUCAUCACCACCAUCAUUCCCUAACCUGGUCAGAUGUGGAACUGUGAGUGGUGCUUACCCACCCAGGUCAGGGAGACGGACACCUGAGACUGGGCACAGAGGCAGCGCCUCAGGGGGGGAGAGGAACCGGCAGACACUCAUCAUCCUGGGCUCUCGGUCCAGGGCAGUUUACACCCUCCCCCUGUGUUCUUAUUAAUUAUUAUUAUUAUGAUUAUUAUGAUUAUGAUUAUUAUUAUUAUCAAUACAAACUGUAAGGGUGGAAAGAUGUAAUGUAGUUAUGUGUCCAAAAAAUAUAUACCUGUAUGUUAGAUAUUGUUGAGUGGGAAGUUGAGUGAUGUUCUUGUGCUGAGUUUUACUGUGUUAUCCACCCCCUGGCAUUGUCAAAGCUGCUUUAUAUUAUGUUCUGUUUGUUUUCUAAAAAAAAAAAAAACUGUUGCUGAGAGGUAUGACUAAAUGAGCAAGCAUGUUGCUGUUUGCCUGUUGAACUGAUAUUGCUAAGUGAUAUUCAUUUCUUAAUUUUGUUACUUUACUAUAGUUUUUAUCUUGGGUUGAUAACUAGGGAAGGAAGGAAUAUAAGGGAAGAGAUGUACAUUUUCAGAUUUAAACUCCUUUUUUUGAAGGAGGGCUUACCAUAUGUGCACUUUUAGAGCGCACUGACGCAGCCACUGGAAAUGGACUCCAAAAAUGACAAUUUUAUACUUUGCACUUACACUAAUGCACCAAAAUGUUUAUGCAAAUAAAGCUGGUUGCAGAAAAACACUAAGAUGCAAUAGUAGUAGUACUGUAUUGAGUGUGUUAGUUUGUAGAGCAUUGUAGACAACAUCCAGCAUUGGCAUAAAAUCACUAUAGUGUAGUCCAGAGAGCUGAACAGAAAUAUGGCCCUUUGCAUUGCUGUUUUUUUGUUUGUUUGCUUGUUUUGUGUUAUAGAGCAUAUAAUAUAUAUUUUUACAUUUGUUUAUUUCAGUAUAAUAAGAUGUGUUUGUUAGUGUGCCAUUCUCUUGAAGGGAAUGAAGUUGUAACUGAAACUGUAACACUUUAUGAAACAUUACAGCACUUCAGACAAUGAGAGAAAGUUGCCUAAAACAGCUGGACUCCUCCACGCUUCUCUCUACCGGUACUUAGCUGUAAUUUAUUGUAGUCUUGGCAUAGUAUUAAGUGCAGUCUGUGGAUGUAUUUGUUUUCCUCUGCAUUUUCAUUUGCAAUUCUAAGCAAUCCUAACCAUGCUAGGUAAUGUUAUAAAAUAUUUACACUGUGCGAGGGGUGUGCCUUUUUUACUAUGAAUUGUUUAAUUUUGUAUUUCUUUUUUUUAACGAAAGAUUGAAUAUGUUAUUUUCUAAAAAUGGAUCAUAUAUAUAUCGAAAGAAUAUUGAGGUUGCCCAGCUGUUCUUGUGUAGGUUUAUAGUGUAUGUUAACUUUGUGAUUUAUCACUGAAUGUUACUCCUUAAGCUAAACAACCCAACAAACCUUGAACAUGUUGACUUAACUUGUUGUGGGUUUAUUGCCCAAUACUAGUCUGAUUUAUCAGUGUAUACCUGUUUUGCUGCUUCUGUUGGCUGUUUGAAAUGAGGUUUUUUGAGUCACAAUAACUUGGAGUUCAACAGCUCAACAGUGUAGCGCUUGCACUACCACAGGAAGCAUUAUUUAUGACAUUAAUGUGUGAGCGUAUAAAAAGAGAACUUUAAGCCAUGCAAGGCAUAGGAUUUGAAAGGAGGUCAAUGUAUAAAAAGUGAUCCUUUUUAUCCGAAUUUGACUUUACAACUUCAGCUUUAGAAGAUAACACUUAAGAAGUUCAAAGCUUUUUCUAAGCAGAUUCGUCUCCCUGAGAUUUUUCAACGAUUGACUUUGUAACUACAUUAUUGCAAAUUUAUAAGAGGAAAAAGUAACUGUACAUUCACAUUGAAUAUUAAAUACUGUUGAGUAUAAACAUCAAAAGCCCCUUUCCCCCUGCCCACCCAUGGUGAUAGCAAAAUGUGGCUUUGAGCUGAAGAGGAGCAUGUUUCAUGAUAAUGAGGUGCUGUCCAUCAUCAAUCUGGUGACGGGUAGUAAAUUGUAAUCCAUUGUUGUCUAUGCGUCAUAGUCGUUGUGAAUUCAGUCGUGGGAGCCAGUGUCAAUCUCAUGUUUGUGUGCUGUAAUGCACCCUCUUCUCACAACACUCCUCAAUAAAUCUAAACAUUGCUCU